UUUGAACAAAGGAAAAAGAAAGAAAAGCCAAGUAUGAAAAAACAAUAAUCCACCAAUAACGGAAUUUUGUAAUAACUAAAUUAGUUUUUCAACGUAAGCAUCGAAAGAAGGCGCCCACCCCAACCCAACCCAUACCCUUUCCGACGAGAUUCCAAUCCUAACCAUCACUCCGCCGCCCAUAUUCUCUUUACGUUUGCAUUUCGGGUAAGAAUUCUUAUGGUGAAAACUCUGAAGUCAUAGAACGUGACAUUCAUCCGCUUUUUUUGAAGAGUUCAAAGAUCAAAUAUCAAACCCAUUCCUUCUUCAUCCAACGAGGUGACCACAGAGAAAAUUCAAGAAAAAAUGGCCCCCAGCUCAGCCGCCGGAGAAAUUCCAAUCUCAGGAUUAAGGAAGGAUAAGGAAGGACAAAUGUUUGGAAUUCCAAUAACCACCAUUGUCAAUCACUUUGGUACAAGUGGGUUAUCUGUUGCCGCUGCUACCGGCGUCACGCAUCCUUUCGGUUGGUUUAUAUCGUCUAAAUUUAUUGUUUUGCUGUGUUCUCCAUAGGAUUGAGUAGAUGAGUUUGUCAAUGAAAAUGUUAAAGAGUAGAUAUGCUAUAAAAUUUGAUAAAUUGCAUUCGGCAUGCUAUUCUUCUACAUAAUAAAAUGCGACCAUCUUAUUGUAACAAAAUUCUUACGCUGGGCAGAGUUAGUGAUGUAAUUUGAACAUUGAUGCCAAGGCUGAACUUUUUAUGUGCUGGAUGUCUUUCAAAGGUCAAACGCGACUUCAAUUCAUCAUUUUGAUGAUGCUUGAAUUGAUAAAACGAUUGCGUUAAUGGAUGCAUUUUGAAUCAAUGGCUUUCAUUCUGGUUACUUGAGAUCUUGGAGAUAUAGUGUAAUGAUAAUGUUAUUAGGUCUAAACUGACAGGAAUCUAUUUCAACAAUGACUAACUUUAAACUUGACAUUCUGUGGAAUACAUAUGCCAUAUUUGAUGCUUGGGUUUGAAAGUGUUACUGAAGUUGUUUUUGGAACGCAGAUGUUCUCAAAGUUCGACUUCAGAUGCAGCUUGUUGGCCAAAGAGGUCCCUUGAUUGGCAUGGGGAAACUGUUUGUUCAGUUAGUAAAAAAUGAGGGCUUGAAGUCCUUGUACUUGGGACUAACUCCUGCAUUAACGAGGUCAGUUCUUUAUGGUGGUCUCCGUUUAGGCUUAUAUGAACCAUCCAAACAUGUAUGUGAAUUGGCUUUUGAGUCCACCAAUAUCUUGGUGAAGAUUGCAUCUGGAGCUUUUUCUGGUGCUCUUGCUACAGCUCUGACCAAUCCAGUGGAAGUUUUAAAGGUACGCUUACAGAUGGAUGUAACAUCAAGCAGCAAAGGACCAAUACAUGAACUUCGAAGAAUAGCUCAUGAAGAGGGAGUGGCUGCUCUGUGGAAGGGUGUUGGCCCUGCUAUGGCCAGAGCUGCUGCAUUGACUGCAUCUCAGCUGGCAACAUAUGAUGAAUCGAAGCAGGCAUUGAUAAGAUGGACUCCUCUUGAAGAAGGAUUUUAUCUACAUCUCAUCUCGAGUACAAUUGCAGGCGGUGUUAGCACCGUCAUGACUGCUCCAGUGGAUAUGGUUAAAACCCGUCUCAUGUUGCAACGAGAUUCUAAAGAAGCUGGAAUGUAUAGAAAUGGAUUUCAUUGUGCAUAUCAGGUUCUGCAAACAGAAGGUCCUCGGGGGCUUUACAAAGGGGGCUUUACCCUUUUCGCAAGAUUGGGUCCGCAAACUACAAUCACCUUCAUAAUAUGUGAAAAGCUGCGUGAGCUUGCAGGAUUAAGGGCAAUCUAGCAAUUUUAGCUGAUAUUCACAAGACUUGGGUCGAUUCUUUCGUCCAUUUUAAAUAGAUACGGACAGCACUCAAGCCUGGGGAUAGAUCAGGGGGCUUGAAUUCCACCACAGUAAAUCAUUUUUUCCCUCAGAAUCUGACAGCAAAAUCUUUUUUCAUUGUUGCUGUCUACUCUAGGGUCUGAUUAUUGCAUAUUGUUUUGGGACUACAGUAACAAGUGAUGUGCCCUUAUUGUACUUUAAUACUGAAGUAUUUUUUAGGUUCAACCUUUGUAAUGUACAUCAUUGGAUAAUUAUUGUAAUGCUGUUCUUGUUUUAGGGCAAAGGAUAAGAGUAAUAAACACAUGGC